UGGAGGAGGCGGCCGGUAGCCAGGCCGCGCCGUCGGGCGGGGCGGUCCCUCCAGCUGGCUCGGACCCUGGCGGGGCGGGCUGUGGGCCGAGCGGCGGAGCCCAGGCGCCAGCCCGUGGCCGAGGAGAAAGGUGGCGGUGGCGGUGGCGCGGACGGGACGGGGCGGCGGCUCCUCGCCCUGACCCUCUGCUCCCCUGCCCAGGCCCGGGCGCGAAUCGGAGGCGGCGGCGAAGGAAGGAGUGAGCAUGGCUGAGACCCCGCCGCCGCCCACCGCUGGUGCCGAAAGUUGCAGCGAGGAGCCGGCGAGGGGCGGGGAGUGGCGGCCCGAGGAGCCGCGCCGCGCUCCCGCCGGGGGCACGGACCGAGAGGGCGAGGUGGGGCCGCCGCCGGCCUCCUCCGCCGGGCAGUCGGAGCCCGACUCGCCGGUGGCCGCCCCCUUCUUUCUGCUCUACCCCGGCGAUGGAGGCGCCGGCUUCGGAGUGCGCCCGCCGCCGCAGCAGCAGCGCUCCUGGAGGACCCCGCCGUCCCCCGGCUCCCCGCUGCCCUUCCUGCUGCUGAGCUACCCGAGCGGCGGCGGCAGCGGCAAGCACCACUCUUGGGAGGAUUUGACAGAUUUGGUGGAGCAAAUGCGCGAUGAUACAGAAGAUCCUAAUUAUCUCAUGGCUAACGAACGCAUGAACCUCAUGAACAUGGCCAAGCUGAGUAUCAAGGGCUUGAUUGAAUCAGCUCUGAACCUGGGGAGGACUCUUGACUCUGACUAUGCACCUCUCCAGCAAUUCUUUGUGGUGAUGGAGCACUGUCUGAAACAUGGCUUGAAAGCUAAAAAAACUUUUCUUGGACAAAAUAAAUCCUUCUGGGGACCUCUAGAACUUGUAGAAAAGCUUGUUCCAGAAGCUGCAGAGAUAACAGCAAGUGUUAAAGAUCUUCCAGGACUUAAGACACCAGUAGGUAGAGGAAGAGCCUGGCUUCGUUUGGCAUUAAUGCAAAAGAAACUUUCAGAAUAUAUGAAAGCUUUGAUCAAUAAGAAAGAACUUCUCAGUGAAUUCUAUGAACCCAAUGCCCUCAUGAUGGAAGAAGAAGGAGCCAUAAUUGCUGGUCUGUUGGUGGGUCUGAAUGUCAUUGAUGCCAAUUUCUGUAUGAAAGGAGAAGACUUGGACUCUCAGGUUGGAGUUAUAGAUUUUUCAAUGUAUCUCAAGGACGGGAACAGCAGUAAGGGUACUGAAGGAGACGGUCAGAUUACUGCAAUUCUGGACCAGAAGAACUAUGUAGAAGAACUGAACAGACAUUUAAGUGCUACUGUAAACAACCUUCAGGCAAAAGUAGAUGCAUUAGAAAAAUCCAACACUAAACUGACAGAGGAGCUUGCAGUUGCAAACAACAGGAUCAUUACCUUACAAGAAGAAAUGGAACGAGUUAAAGAGGAAAGUUCCUACAUACUGGAAUCCAAUCGGAAGGGUCCCAAGCAAGACAGAACUGCAGAAGGACAAGCACUAAGUGAAGCAAGAAAGCAUUUAAAAGAAGAGACACAAUUACGAUUGGAUGUUGAAAAAGAGCUGGAGAUGCAGAUCAGCAUGAGGCAGGAGAUGGAAUUGGCCAUGAAGAUGCUGGAGAAGGAUGUCUGCGAGAAGCAGGAUGCCCUGGUAUCUCUUCGGCAGCAGCUGGAUGACCUCAGAGCUCUCAAGCACGAACUUGCCUUUAAGUUGCAGAGUUCAGACUUAGGAGUAAAACAGAAAAGUGAAUUAAACAGUCGCUUGGAAGAGAAGACUAAUCAGAUGGCUGCUACCAUUAAACAACUUGAACAAAGAUUGCGCCAGGCUGAGCGAAGCCGCCAGUCUGCUGAGUUGGACAACCGGCUCUUCAAACAGGACUUUGGAGACAAGAUCAACAGUCUGCAGCUGGAAGUCGAGGAGCUCACCAGGCAGCGGAACCAGCUUGAGUUAGAACUAAAACAGGAGAAAGAAAGAAGAUUACAAAACGACAGGAGCAUCCCAGGAAGGGGUUCCCAGAAGCCAGAAUCCAAGAUGGAUGGGAAGCACAAAAUGCAAGAGGAAAAUGUUAAACUAAAAAAGCCCCUGGAAGAAAGCCACAGGCUGCAACCCCACCCUACGGAUGAACAGGAUCAACUGCUGCUCUCUGAAAGGCCACAGGUGUGUCAGCUAUGCCAGGAAGAUGGCAGCCUAACAAAGAAUGUGUGUAAGAACUGCAGAGGAACCUUCUGUGAUGCCUGUUCAACAAAUGAACUGCCUCUUCCUUCAAGUAUCAAGCCUGAGCGAGUUUGCAAUCCCUGUCACAAGCAUCUGAUCAAGCAAUAUUCCACCAGCCCAUCAUAAGACUGAAGGCCAAGACCUGGACCAAAACGUUUAUGCAGGCUCUUCUGUACUGGUGUUUUAGCUGUCAGGAUCUCAUAGAGCCCAGUUCUUAAGAGUCAGCUACUAAGAGUUGAUAAGGAAUUAACGAGGUCCAGGGAGAAAAGGCAGUGGUUACUGGAAAUUUUGCUCAUUUUCCCUAAUGACUGUAUGAAUAAAAGUGAACUCACUUGAGCCUUUCUCUUCUAAAUCUAAACAACCUGACAUUGAGGGUUUGCUUUAUAGCAUAUCUUUGGAAGGGCAACUCAUUUUUAUGAUUAGUGAUACUGGGGUGGAUGUAAUAGGAGAGAGUCCAGGCAGAUAAGAAUAAAAAGGAAAAUGAUCAUCUCCUUCUGUUACAUUUGCAGAUUCAAGGGGGAGAGACAGAUGCUGAGAUCAAAAUGACAGAUGUUACUUAUUUUUCCAGGUGCUGUUAGCAUAAACAUUGUUUCCUCUUCACCCCUAACUACCUCUUUAAAGUAUUUCUACCAAACUGUGAACCCAAUCUCAGGGAAAAGAAAUUAAAAAGUAAUAUAAAUUCUGAAUGUACUGAAAACAAUAUUGUAAUGUAUUAUAAUUUCAGGACUAGAGUUUUCUGGUCUUUACCUACAAGGGUUUUCAUUAUCAAAACAAAGAGUAUUUGUUUUGCUACUUAAUGACUUCAAAGUAAAUAACUGCCCUUUUCAGAAUCUCCUUCCACAAAAUAAGCCAACUCUUCCCAGUUCCCUCCAUCUUCCUCUCCAAGUCAUAAUGGAAAUUGUAAGGAGUUUUAAAAAUAGGGUUUGGCUUUUGCAAAUAGAAGAUAUUGAUUAAAGCAAAGUCAAAUAUA